AUGGUGGCUCUGAAAGACCUGCUUCCUCCUGCAAAGUGCUCGACUGCAACGUUUUAUGACUACUCGAAUGACCCUUGGUUCAAGCAACGCUUCAAUACCAGGGAGGCCGAGCGUUCGGCUGCUGCUAAGGUCAAUCCUUGCAUCUCAAAUUGGAAAAAUCCAAAAGGGUAUACCAUCCCACUUGAUAAGUGUCUGGCAGCGGAUGGAAGAGGUCUACAUGAGGUUCAAGUCAAUGACAAAUUUGCCCAGGUUUCGGAGUCAUUGAAUGUUGCAGAACAGAAGGCUAGAGAAGCUGUUGCAAUGAGAGCAAAGGUCCAGAAAGAAAUGUGGCAGAAAGACAAGGAAAGGAAGGAGCAAAAGCUGCGUGCAUUGGCUCAGAAAGCUCGUUCUGAGACGACUGGUGGUGCAGCUCCUGCUGCUGUUCCCGUCCCUGCUGACAAGGGCAUGAUGGACAGUGAAAUGAGGGGUGAUGGUGAACGGGUGAAGGAGAGAGAUAGGGAGCCCCCAAGGGAGACGAAGGAGGAGAGAGAGGAGCGGUUGCUACGAGAAAAGAUACGUGAAGAACAUCGUCGGGAGAGGGAGCGUGAAAGACGGUUGGAAGCAAAAGAUGCUGCAAUGGGGAAGAAGAGUAAGAUUACUAGAGAUAGAGAUCGUGAUAUCAGUGAGAAGGUUGCACUUGGUAUGGCUAGUACUGGAGCUGCACGUGGUGAGUUGAUGUAUGACCAGAGGCUCUUCAACCAGGAGAAAGGAAUGGACUCUGGAUUUGCUACGGAUGAUCAAUACAACUUAUAUGAUAAAGGCCUCUUUACUGCUCAAUCUACACUCUCCAGCUUGUACAAACCCAAGAAGGAUGCAGACGCUGAUAUGUAUGGAGGUGCAGACGAGCAGCUGGAGAAGAUUAUGAAGACAGACCGUUUCAAGGCUGAUAAAGGAUUUACUGGUGCCCUUGAGAUGGCAGGUCCAAGAACUGGGCCAGUUGAUUUUGAGAAGGCUGCUGAGGAGUUCUUAAUGGAGGUGAAGAAGGGUAAGAAGGCAAUGGAAAAAGUUGGUAGUGGAGGGACCAUGAGUGCAAGUGCUGGAUCUUCGAUGCGUGAUGGCCAUGAUAAAGGGUCUGGCAGAACUCGAAUUGGGUUCGAAUGGGGACACUAGAAAUGCCAAUGUUUUAGUUUAUUCUAGCAUUUGUAAUGUAUAAAUGAGUUCCUGGAA